GGUUGUCUUGCAUCGGCACGCGCGCGUCGCGCAGACAGCAGAGAGCAGCUGCAGCGGCAAGACUGCAUAUUCACCAAAUAGCCUACACCUCGAUCACACAUACACAGCUCCUGAACCAACUUAAACAUGGUCGACCGCGAGCAGCUGGUUCAGAAAGCCAGACUGGCUGAGCAGGCUGAGAGAUAUGACGAUAUGGCUGCUGCCAUGAAAUCGGUAACAGAGCUGAACGAGGCCCUUUCCAACGAGGAGAGGAACCUGCUCUCUGUGGCCUACAAGAACGUGGUGGGCGCGCGCCGUUCCUCCUGGCGCGUCAUCUCCAGCAUCGAGCAGAAGACCUCCGCCGACGGCAACGAGAAGAAAAUCGAGAUGGUCCGUGCUUACCGCGAGAAAAUCGAGAAGGAGCUGGAGGCCGUGUGCCAAGAUGUACUCAACCUCCUCGACAACUUCCUGAUCAAGAACUGCAGCGACACCCAGCACGAGAGCAAAGUCUUCUACCUGAAGAUGAAGGGCGACUACUACCGUUACCUGGCCGAGGUGGCCACGGGCGAAAAGAGAGCCACGGUGGUGGAGUCUUCUGAGAAGGCCUACAGCGAGGCCCACGAGAUCAGCAAAGAGCACAUGCAGCCUACGCACCCCAUCCGCCUGGGCCUGGCGCUCAAUUACUCCGUCUUCUACUACGAGAUCCAGAACGCACCCGAGCAGGCCUGCCAUCUGGCCAAGACGGCUUUCGACGACGCGAUCGCCGAACUGGACACCCUGAACGAGGACUCCUACAAAGACUCCACGCUCAUCAUGCAGCUCCUGCGAGACAACUUGACGCUCUGGACGAGCGAUCAACAAGACGACGAGGCAGGGGAAGGCAACAAUUAAGCGUUGAAGACGAAAAGAGAAGAUCUUUGAGACCCUUUUCCUCUCAGCCGUAACAUAAAACACGCGUGCUCACACAACAAAGAAAAACAAAAAAAGUAUAAGUUACAUGAAAAAUUCACAACGGGGGGCAUGACGGAACUGUGUCAGCCACGUUUGCUGAUAGCAAAGCAGCGCAGUUUUCUUUAUUUUCCACAAAAUUACAAUUGAGAGAAAUAUGCUAGUUACAAAGAAUGGUAUGUCUCCAAAAAAUUAAGAAGUAGCUUAAAAAGAAUAAAUUAAACCUCUCUUUCGGUGACGUUUACUCAACACUGAGGAAAAAGCUUGUCAGUGCGUCAGUCGUUUCUACGUCAGACUGAAGGGUUGCGCUAAACCCGCUGGCAUAGGGACUGUUCUUGUAGUGAAAUACGAAGCGGCGCUGCUUAUAUUAAUUUACAUUGUGAGUAAAGAGUACUCUAAAGCGUCAAAGGUGGGCUUAAAUGACAAAAAAAAAAAAUCUUUAAGUGAAAACUUGAAUGUUAUCGCCUCGCAAAAGUAGGUAUUUGCAAACAGGCUGCACUGGGCGUAAAUGGUCGUGUUUUUGUCUGAUAUAUACGUUCAUAGGGAUCCUGAAUCGCACCCACUAAUGUUUGAAAGUCGUUUACGUCGAACUGGUUAUCUGUGCCAUUUAUGAUACACAUCGUUAGUAUGCAUCUCACCUCGGAACCACACGAAACUACUGUAUUACAGUAAUGUUGAUUAGGUGUGCAAAAAUAACACAGUUAUGACUUCCCUGGUACAUGUAUUGCCUUUUCAGUCCAAAGCUAAAACCGUUUUCCAAUCGUUAUUAUUAUCAUUAUUAUUAUGGAUGCAGUUUCAAAAAUCGUCAAGCCUGACCCACUCUGUAUGAGAAAAAUUAGAUUUGAUUUUAAUGCACUGAAGAAUAGUUCCAGAUAUUAUAGAUAAAAUAAUUAAAUGACGGUACAGGCGAAAAAUAACAUUUACGAAAAAACUAAAAUGCCCAAAGCUUAGCAGAAAAAAAGACCACUCUAAAGCAAUGCCUAAUCACUUGGUUUGAUACGCUCAAUUAAUAAUACUGGUACCAUAGACUAUUUUUUGUUAUUUAGUUAAUUUAUUUUGAGUUUUUGACAGUGCACUGGCAUAAAAUUGCUUUUGUUCCUAUUUUCUUUUUAUUAAUUCUCAUGAAAUGCACUUGCCUAUUAUACUGUUUCUCAGUGUAGGACGAUUACAGCUCCAAUAUUCUUGAUAAUACAAUAUUGUGCAUGCUGGUGAUGUAUUUAUAUACCAUAGCUCGACUUUAUUAACUUUAAAAUCUGUAGAUGUUAUGUAUUCAUAUGAACAAGAAAUGACAAGAAUUUAAUCUGAUUAUUUUCUAUUUAUUACUUUCUAUUGGAUUGUUUCAAUCUGUUAUGAUUUUUUUCUUAUAUAUUUUUCCCUUGCUGAAGUACGCUAUACCAAAACAGUGCGUGUUUACCAUGAAAUAAUCUGUUAUGGAUGUUGCUCUAGUGACAUGCGAUUCUUGUAUUUGGUUUUUAAUAAACAAAAAAGGAAGCGAAAAGACAAAAAAAAAAAAAAGAAACCACGUCUGGUGUUUGAUCACGGUAAAUUAAGAUUACAUUGUGAAACGAUUAAUGUUGUUCUUAAAAUGACUUUUCCUUUUCUGUGCUUUCUUCUGUCAAAUUCUACUGUGAAAUAUUUAAGAUUUGCUGUAAUAUCAGUGUUUGUUUUUUUCCUCCUCAGAAUCUGUUUCUGUAUGGGAUUCAGUCAUGGAACAUUACCUAUUCUUAUGAUUUAUGUUUUCUUUCUUUUUCCUCGUCUACUGGUAUCUUAAAUGUGAGUCAUGUAGCGGUUGCACAAAAGAAACAUAAUGAUAAUAAUAAUGAUAAUUAAAAAAAUAAAACAUGACUGUGCUCUUCUAACCAC